AAAAAUUUCACCUGAACGAGGUUCGUUAUUUGGUGAAGUGACAUUGAAAUCCAGAAGACUUCACCGCAAAACGAACUCCAUUUACACACUUUAAACUAAUAACAGAUCUCAUUUUCACAUUUUAAACAACAAACCGACAUAGAAGAUCCAGCAAAAGUUUCAUAUACUGUUUCGAUUGUUGGAUCCACUGAGAAAGAUUCCAACUUUACUAAAGAAAUUGAGCAACAUGCAGAGCAGGGGAUCGAGUAAUAGGCUAUCGAGUACGGUGGUUAAGACCCCAAUUUCAUCUCUUUUGUUCUUCAUGUUCGCCACCUUAGCUUCCAUUUAUGUUGCCGGCAGAUUGUGGCAAGAUGCUCAGAAUAGGGUUCAUAUGAUAAAAGAGCUUGAUAGAAUCACUGGUCUGGGGCAAUCUGCAAUAUCAGUGGAUGAUACUUUGAAAAUCAUAGCUUGCAGGGAGCAACAAAAGAAGUUAACAGAACUUGAGAUGCAGUUGGCUACGGCUAGACAAGAGGGUUUUGGUUCAAAGAGUUCCGUAGAUACUAAUGAUAAUCGCUCAGAGAAGAGACCAUUAGUUGUCAUAGGAAUACUAACAAAGUUUGGCCGCAAAAAGAAUAGAGAUGCGAUUCGUAAAGCAUGGAUCGGAACCGGUACAGCUUUGAAAAAACUGGAGAAUGAUAAGGGAAUAAUUGCACGAUUUGUAAUUGGAAGAAGUGGCAAUCAUGGGAACAGUUUGGACAACGGCAUAGACAGCGAGCAUAAACAGACCAAUGACUUCAUCAUCCUUGAAAACCAUGUGGAGUCACCUGAGGAGUUUCCGAAGAAGGCUAAAUUGUUCUUUGCUUAUGCUGCUGAUAAGUGGGAUGCUGAGUUUUAUGCUAAAGUCAACGAUGAUAUUUAUGUGAAUAUCGAUGCCUUGGGAGCUACACUUGCUACUUAUGUCGACAAGCCUCGUGCUUAUAUUGGGUGUAUGAAAUCUGGCGAAGUCUUCUCUGAGCUAGGCCAUAAAUGGUACGAAUCAGAAUGGUGGAAGUUCGGUGAUAAGAAACAAUACUUCCGCCAUGCGUCAAGUGAAAUGUUUGUCAUAUCACAAGCUUUGGCUAAAUUCAUCUCCAUCAAUAAAUCUAUACUUCGUACCUAUGCCCAUGAUGAUGUCAGUGUUGGAUCCUGGUUUCUUGGGCUUGAUGUCAAACACAUUGACGAAGCUAAGUUUUGCUGCUCAUCUUGGUCAUCAGGAGCUAUUUGUGCCGGAGUUUGAUCGAAUUUGGGUUCAACAUCCUGAGAAGCAAAUAUAACACCUGAUACCGACACAGUUUUUAGGGAGAUUUUUUUUUAACUCUUACCAGGUUGCACUCUGCUUGACAAAGAAUAAAUUGCUCUGUUGGACCUCUUGCCCCUCAGAAGUUGAUUCGGUUUCUUUCGAAAGACAUAACAUGGAGAGAAUAAACCACAGAAUCAUUAUGGAGUAGGUAGCUUAGAGCAGAUAUAUUUAAACAUGAAUUACAGAGAUUAUUUUCGGGAACCUGGUGUAUCAUCAACAAAUGUGGAUUAUUCUUUCGACAAAAUAUAGAAAUACGAUUCAUUCUUUUAUGAGGUGAUUGCUCCAUUUAGUGAA